AUGGUAGAAGGUAAAAGAAUUUUAUUAGUAUCACGUCCAAGAGGUGAACCAACACCAGAGAAUUUCAAGUUGGAAACUCAUACCUAUGCUAAACCAGGUCCAGAUCAAAUGUUACUCAAAGUCUUAUAUCUUUCAAUCGAGUAUUUGAGAGGUCGUAUGAAUGAAUCUAAAGAGAGUUAUGUACCAAGAGUUGAAAUUGGUGAUGUGAUGGGAGGUGGAACAGUUGCAAAGGUUUUAGAAUCCAAUUUGCCUAAAUUCAAGGUUGGUGAUUUAGUACUAAGUCCAUCUGGAUGGCAAGAGUAUGAAGUUAGCAGUGGAAAGGAUUGUAUUGUCAUCCCAGCUGCUGCAGCUGAAAACCCAUCUCGUGCACUCGGUAUCCUUGGUAUGCCAUCGUUUACCGCAUGGGCUGGUACUUUGAAAAUCGGUGCUCCAAAACAAGGUGAAACUCUUGUUGUAGCUGCUGCUACUGGUGCUGUUGGUUCUGUUGUUGGUCAAAUUGCAAAACUUCAAGGAUUGAGAGUAGUUGGAAUUGCAGGUGGAGCCAAGAAAUGUGAAUAUGCAGUAAAGGAAUUUGGUUUCGAUGUUUGUUUGGAUCAUACAAAGGAUGACCUUGCCCAAAAGCUAAAGGAAGCUUGUCCAAAGGGAAUCGAUAUUUACUUUGAAAAUGUUGGUGGCAAAGUGUUCCAAGCAGUAUUACCAUUAUUAAAUAUUGGUGCUCGUAUUCCACUUUGUGGUAUUAUCAGUGGUUACUCGGCUACUGAAUUACCUGCUGGUCCAGACAGAACUCCAUUAGUUCAGGGAACCUUUUUAACAAAGAGUGUUACUAAUUUUGGACACCUUUAUGGAGAAUUUAUCAAGGAAAUGUCACCAUGGGCAAAGGAAGGAAAGGUAAAGAUGCUUGAAGAUGUAAGAACUGGUAUUGAAACUGCACCAGCUGGUUUAAUUGGUAUUUUGAAAGGUGAUAACUUUGGUAAAUUGAUUAUCAAAUUUUAA